AUGGUAACGCUGCUAGUAGCGACGAGUAUUGAUCCGGCUUCAAUCAACCCGGCUAAUGUGCUUCUCGCCAUGCCCGGAGGGCAACCUCUCCCUUCUUUACAGGGCGAGGCUUUGUUUCAAACCCAUGAGAAUUUGGAUUUGCCAGAAGGUGCAACCCCAAGGGAGAGUAUUAAAGCUGUUCAGAAGCUUCAUCGUCUUCAGGGGAAUGUUAUUUGUGGGUGUUUUAAUCAACAGAUUCAUGUUCUGGUUCUUCUCCUAGAUACGAAGGAAUAUCAGUCAGUAUCCAUGGCUGCAUCAGUUUCUUCUCCUCAAUCUGGUAGUGGCAACCUUCACGUGUCCUGGCACGAGGGUAUGCUUGCUCAUGACACCGGCAAUGGCGUCUUUGACUCCGGAAUCGAUCCUGGUUUCUUGGACAUCUUAGAAAAACACCCAGAAAACUCUAAAAGAGUCAAGAACAUGCUCUCCAUUCUCAGAAGAGGCCCUAUCUCUCCCUACAUUACUUGGCAUUCUGGAAAACCAGCUCUCACUUCUGAAUUGCUCUCUUUCCACUCCACAGAAUACAUAAAUGAACUAAUUGAAGCUGAUAAAGAAGGGGGUAAGAUGUUUUGUGGAGGGACUUUUUUGAAUCCUGGCUCAUGGGAAGCUGCCCUUCUUGCUGCUGGUACUACUUUAUUAGCUAUGAAGUAUGUUCUAGAUGGACAUGGAAAACUUGCUUAUGCAUUGGUCAGGCCUCCAGGUCACCAUGCUCAGCCUACCCAAGCUGAUGGAUACUGCUUCCUUAACAAUACUGGUCUUGCUGUUAAUUUGGCUUUGAAUUCUGGUUGUGCUAAAGUAGCUGUGAUUGACAUUGAUGUUCAUUGGUGUGCUCAACUUACCAAUUUCUUUAUUAUCUGAUCCCAUCGCAUAUUACCCAGAGGAUGAAGCCUUUCCUGUAGAGGUUAUUAAGUCCAUAAAGAAAUACCAAACAGACAAGGUACCAUUCAUGAAACAAGCUGAGUUUUAAGUGAAUAAACCUCUGUUAAUAUUAAGCUGGCAUUGUCCAUCAUAAACAAAUCAUAUAGGGAUGGUAAACAUGUUCGUUUCCAUGGCCCUGAUAGUAGCAAGUCUACAUAUUGUUACUAAUUUAGACUUAAUGUUAAGAAAUUUGUUGGGAGUAAAAUAAGAUUUUUUUGUAGUAAAAACAUAUUACAUAUAUAUUUUCAUGGGUAGAGCUUAUUAGCUUUUGCUUCAGUGAGAAUAUUGUAAUUUUUUUUAACUUAAUGGAAGUAAAUGUAGUUAUAAUUUA